UUUUCCCAGCCAUGCAAGAAACACUCACCAUGUUGCUUCCAUUGACGCUCCUCCUCGUCGCAAUGGUUGUCCGCUUGUACACGGUCACGUCGGCUAUUGCACGGACGCUCUUGCGGCGAAAUGUCGUCGUAAGCGACCUCGUCACCGCGCACCGCCUUCUCGUCCGUGGCAGCUCCGGGGGCGCCUUCUCCAACCGUCCGCCCUCCGCCCUGGCGAGCCUCCUCUCGCGCGGCCGCUACGAGAACCUGAACUCGGCGCCCUACGGCCCGUUCUGGCGCGCCAUGCGCCGCAACCUCACCUCGGGUGUCCUCCACCCGAUGCGGCUCCACCGCUACGCGGUCGCACGCAGCCAGGCGCUCCGUGGCCUCGUCGCGGACCUCUGCCAGCAGUGCGGUUCCAGCCCCGACGGCCUAGUCCUCGCGGCGGAGAGCAUCCGCUCCACCUUGUUCGGCCUGCUCGUGGCCAUGUGCUUCGGCAACGGCGUCCACGCGGGACUCGUCCGCGUCAUGGUGCACGCCCAGAACGAGAUCGUCCAGCUCGCUCCACAUACGUCCAUCUUGAUGAAGCUCCCAGGCGCGGUGGCCAAGAUAAUCUACCGCCAGCGGUGGAGCAGGCUAGUCACUCUGCGGCGGCAGCAGGAGGAGACGUACCUGCCGCUCAUCGAUGCCCGUCGUGUACGGCAUCGGCACUCCGGCAUUGGCGAGCCACCGGCGUACGUGGACACGCUCAUCGACCUCCGGGUCCCGGACGAGCAUGGCCACGUCUCCUCCGUUGACAUGCGAAGGCGGAAGAGAAGGCUCACGGACGGGGAACUUGUGGGCCUGUGCUCCGAGUUCGUUGGUGCCGGAACGGAUACCGUAGCCGCGGAGCUGCAGUGGAUCAUGGCGAACCUGGUGAAGCGUCCUGACAUGCAGGAUGCCAUCAGGAGAGAGAUCGACGCCGCUGUGGACGCGGACGCCCAGGAGGUCAGCGAGGAGGCCGUCGGGAAGCUGGAGUACCUGAAUGCCAUCGUCAUGGAGUCGCUACGGCUGCAUCCCCCAGUGUCUGCGGUGUCUAGGCAGGUGAAGGAAGGAGACGACGUCGUCGUUCAUGGCCGCCGUGUGCCGCCGGGCACGGUGGUGGCCUUCCCGCCGAACAGACUCGCGCGUGACGGGAAGGUGUGGGCUGACCCGGAUGAGUUCAAGCCAGAGCGGUUCUUAGACAGCGAUGGUGGGAAAAGCAUGAGCCUGUUGGCGGCUGCCGGGAGCGCAGGGGAGAUGAGGAUGAUGCCGUUCGGUGCCGGCCGGCGGAUGUGCCCCGGCAUGCGCCUUGCCAUCCUGCACCUCGGCUACUUCACGGCCAAUCUGGUGAGGGAGUUCGAGUGGAGGGAGGCCGAGGGGGAGCUCGCCGUCGAUCUCCAGCCGCACUUCGGGUUCUUCACUGUCAUGAAGCGGCCGCUGCGUGCUCACCUUGUAAGGUGCUUCGCCGAGGGGAGGCAAAACAGAAAUGUUCAUUAUCAAAGUUAACUGUUUGUGAAAAGACACAAAAAUGCUAAAAUUAGGGCCCCUCUUCACUCACUAAUCAUGUCCUCUGAUUUUCAGGAUGGGCGCUGCUUCAUCCUAAACUAAUUAAAACAUCUCACCUAAGCUUAGUCCGUAAUCGUUUUGUAAACUCCCUGUAUUUGUAACAUUGCUCAAAUAAUGUCCAUACAGUGGAUCUCUUGAGAGGUCACUUGUCCCUGAUGCUUGACUUCACGGAAAAAUAGUCGGGGAAUAGAUCCACGGAUUAACCAUGAGCCAAGCACCUCAACGUGUAAGUUCAAUCUCCAUAUAUAAAAAAAGGAGUAAAAUGCACUACAGGUGCUUCAACUUG